ACCUUCUGUGUUUGGUCACUGGAACGUUGCCAUGGUCACAUUCUGUGUUGAGCGUGGCAUAGUGAACUGUAGCAUCAGUGGCAAGCCAGGACGCCCAGGCUUGGAGCUAGGCUAUCUGAGAAGUCUGUAAUGUGUUGAAACUACACUUGACAUGGAGCCGAAGGCUCUGAAGAAACUGGUGGAAUCCAUCAGUAAUACUGUCAAGAGCUUCAAAAAAAGUGAAGUAGAGUGUCUCAUAAGACUUUUUCACAGCUUGGUGGAAAGAGCUGAUGUAAGACAUGAUAACGUUGGACUAGAUCGUAACGCAUUUCGAGGGAUCCUGCACAGCAUAUUUGGAAUGACUGAUGAUAUGCUAAUGAAUAGAGUAUUUUUUGCAUUUGACAAAGACAACGAUAACUGCAUAAAUGUAAAAGAAUGGGUUAAAGGAUUAUCAGUUUUUCUUCGAGGGACUUUUGAAGAAAAGCUGAAGUUUUGUUUUGAAGUUUAUUAUCUGAAUGGUGAUGGUUACAUUUCUCGAGAGGAAAUAUUUGACAUGUUGAAGAACAGUCUACACCAAGCGUCAACUGAAGAAGAGACUGAUGAAGGAAUAAAAGAGUUAGUAGAUAUAACACUGAAGAAAAUGGAUUAUGACAAUGAUGGCAAGAUAUCUUUUGCAGACUUUGAAAAAGCAGUCAGAGAAGAGAGACUUUUGUUGGAGGUGUUUGGACCAUGUUUACCAGAAGCACAGAAUUGUCUUGAUUUUGAAGCCCUGGCAUUCAAACACAUCCUGACUUCUAGUUUUUGAAUGUGAAUCACUCAAUAUUUAUAUUAAAAUUAGAAACAGAUCCUGGUUGCCUAUCUUUGUAAAGUUUCUAUAUUUGCUUCAAUUAAUUUACAUAUAGUUAUUGCAAUGUGAGAGGUAAAAUUAUAUGAACAGUUUCUGUAAUAUUAAGUAUGGAUCAAGAUAAUAUCUAUAAUAAGUAAUGAUAAACUAAUUUUAUUUUUUAAAUUAGCUAUCAACCUUGGAUCUUGUGGCAAAUACUGUGAAUUAGCCACAGACUGUCAAUGGACAGCCUCUUUUCUCUUGCUUUCUCAACCACAGAAGUUGGAAACAUAAAACACCAUUCCAGACUCCUCAGUUAA